AUGUUCCAUGGAUUGCCAAGUGAAGACCCCAUUGACCACCUUGAUGAGUUUGAUAGGCUUUGUGAUUUGACAAAGAUCAAUGGUGUCUCUGAAGAUGCCAUCAAGCUGAGACUCUUUCCUAUGUCUCUAGCUGACAAAGCUCACCAAUGGGAGAAGAGCUUGCCCCAUGGCACAAUCACCACUUGGGAUGAAUGCAAGAAGGCCUUUCUUGCUAAGUUUUUCUCCACCGGUCGCACAGCCAAGCUUAGAGGAGAGAUAUCCAGCUUCAUCCAGCGAAACAAUGAGACAUUCGCAGAGGCUUGGGAGAGGUUCAAAGGGUACACAAGUCAGUGCCCACACCAUGGAUUCAACAAUGAAUCACUACUCUCCACUCUUUAUAGAGGAUGCUUGCCUAGGUAUAGGGAGAUGCUAGACACAGCUAGCAAUGGGAACUUCCUCAACCAGGAUGUAGAUGAUGGCUGGCAACUUGUGGAGAACAUAGCUAACUCAAAUGGAAGCUAUGGAGAAGAGUAUGAUCGCACCAACCGGAGCUCGACCCACCACUCGAUCGAGUCAGACGAAAAGUUGAGAAAAGAUGUUAAGGCAUUGAAUGAGAAGUUGGAUAAGCUGAUCCUAGCUCAGUCCACAAUGAAGAAAGUCAACUUUGUGUCUGCUGAGGAGAUGGAACCAGUCCAAGAAGGGGAGGAUACACAAUUUGCUGAGGUAUGCUACAUGAGCAAUGGGCAAGGAGGUUACAACAAAGGAUACUAUAACUACAAGUCCAACCCUGCCAUGUCAUACCGCAACACUGAUGUUGCUAACCCUCAGGACCAAGUAUAUCCUCAACAACAAGCAGCUCGAUCGAGUCAGGCUUCCCCCACCAACCGCCCCAGCCUGCACCUUCACAAGAGAAUGAGCUCAAAGGCAAUGCUAAAGCAACUACUUCAAGGGCAAGCUGAUGGGGUAGUGGACACAAGCAAGAAGCUAGCUGAAAUAAACUCUAAGAUCGAGAACCUCAACACAAGGGUUUACUCUCUGGAGAAUCAUGCUUCUUCUGUUGCUGCUGCUACAAAGCAAGGACAACUACCUGGUAAAGCUAUUCAGAACCCCAAGGAACAGUGCAAGGUCAUCUUCACUCAAGAAGGACUUGUUGAAGAAGAGGAUCAAGAAAGGGUCAUUGAAGAUUUUUGUUUACUGCUGAAUGAUGAAGAGAUUGUUGCUGCUGAGGCUCCUGGAGUCCAGAUUGAUCAACCAGAAGUGCAUGCACCUACUGUGGCCAUUCACACUUCACCAGUUGAGCUCGCACGACAAGCUCGAUCGGCAGCUCGAUCGAGUCCAACUCUAGCUCGAUCGAGUCCGACCUCUUCUGUCCGACAGCCUUUUUGCUUGAUCCUUACCAACCGGUUGCCGCUUCCUCGUCUCGCCUACUUAGUCAAGGUCACAAGGAAGUGA